GUGCCGCUCGUACAACUUCGCCGGCUUCGAGCAUCCUCCCACCGGGGGCUCGGAGGGCUCAGUCCCACGCUCCUGCCUCUUCGCGUCCGCCUUUUUGGAAGAAGCGAGGGGUGGCCGAGGUGCUGUUCCUUCGUCGGCUUUUUAACCGCUACUGUUAUUAUUCUCCUCCAGACUUUCCCCUUCUGUGGGAGGGAGGUGGUUUCCUGAUCUAAAGUGCAAAGAAAAGUCAGUGGGAUUCCCCUCCUUCCUUCUCUCCCCCCCCCCCCCCCCCCCCCCUCACCCCCGGUUUGGGUGCAUUCACACGCUCCCUCAGGCAUGAUGCUCAAGAUGCUGCCGUUUAAGCUGCUGCUAGUGGCCGUGGUUCUAUGCUUCUUCGAGGGGGAUGCCAAGUUUGGGGAGAGUGGCGCCCGGAGGAGAAGGUGCCUCAACGGGACCCCGCCGCGGCGGCUGAAGAAGCGGGACCGGCGGGUGCUGUCCCCGGAGGCCCCGGGCGGCGGGGAGGCGAUGUGCCGCGGCCUCUACCCACGCCUGUCCUGCUGCUCCCGCUCCGAGCCGCAGGGGCUGCCGCACGCCGAGGCGAAGAUACUUUCUGUUACGAACAACACAGAAUGUGCGAAGCUACUGGAGGAAAUCAAAUGUGCACACUGCUCACCUCACGCUCAGAACCUAUUCCACUCACCUGAGAAAGGGGACACUGCUGAAAGAGAACUAACUCUUCCCUACUUGUGCAAAGACUAUUGUAAAGAAUUCUAUUAUACUUGCAGAGGUCACAUACCAGGUUUUCUCCAAACUACAGCUGAUGAGUUUUGUUAUUACUAUUCAAGAAAAGAUGGUGGCGUGUGCUUUCCAGAUUUUCUAAGAAAACAAGUGCGAGGGCCAGCCUCUAACUCCCUGGACCACAUGGAAGAAUAUGACAAAGAGGAAGAGAUCAGCAGAAAACACAAGCACAACUGCUUCUGCAUUCAGGAGGUUGUGAGUGGACUAAGGCAGCCUGUUGGAGCAGUACAUUGUGGGGAUGGAUCCCAUCGCCUCUUCAUUCUAGAGAAAGAAGGAUAUGUGAAGAUUUUCACUCCCGAAGGAGACAUAAUCAAGGAACCUUUUUUGGAUAUACACAAGCUUGUACAAAGUGGAAUAAAGGGAGGAGAUGAAAGAGGACUGUUAAGCCUUGCAUUCCAUCCCAAUUACAAGCAAAAUGGAAAGCUGUAUGUGUCUUAUACCACCAACCAAGAACGGUGGGCUAUUGGACCUCAUGACCACAUCCUUAGGGUGGUAGAAUACACAGUAUCCAGGAAAAAUCCACACCAAGUUGAUAUGAGGACAGCAAGAGUGUUUUUAGAGGUAGCAGAACUACAUCGAAAACAUCUAGGAGGACAGCUUCUGUUUGGCCCAGAUGGUUUCCUGUACAUUUUUCUCGGAGAUGGCAUGAUCACUCUAGAUGACAUGGAGGAGAUGGAUGGUUUAAGUGAUUUUACAGGCUCUGUAUUGCGCCUCGACGUAAAUACUGACCUGUGCAAUGUCCCUUAUUCCAUACCACGGAGCAACCCACAUUUCAAUAGCACAAACCAGCCUCCUGAGAUUUUUGCACAUGGACUCCACAAUCCAGGCCGGUGUGCUGUGGACCGCCAUCCAACUGAUGUAAACAUCAAUUUAACUAUACUUUGUUCAGAUUCAAAUGGAAAGAACAGAUCUUCAGCAAGAAUCUUACAAAUUGUAAAGGGCAAAGACUAUGAAAGCGAGCCCUCACUUUUAGAAUUCAAACCAUUCAGCAGUGGAUCCCUGGUUGGUGGAUUUGUCUAUCGAGGCUGUCAGUCUGAAAGACUCUAUGGAAGUUAUGUAUUUGGAGACCGCAAUGGAAAUUUUUUAACACUGCAACAGAGUCCUGCAACCAAACAGUGGCAAGAGAAACCACUCUGUCUUGGCAACACUGGCUCAUGUAGAGGUUUCUUUUCAGGCCCUGUCUUGGGAUUCGGCGAAGAUGAAUUAGGUGAGAUUUACAUAUUAUCCAGCAGUAAAAGUAUGACACAGCCUCACAGCGGAAGACUCUACAAGAUUGUUGACCCAAAGAGGCCUUUAGUCCCUGAAGAAUGCAAAAGAACUGCUCAGCCUGCACAGAUACUGACAUCUGAAUGCUCAAGGCAUUGUCGGAAUGGGCACUGCACUCCCACAGGAAAAUGUUGCUGUAAUCAAGGGUGGGAAGGAGACUUCUGCAGAACUGCAAAAUGUGACCCAGCCUGUCGACAUGGAGGUGUCUGUGUAAGGCCUAAUAAAUGCUUGUGUAAAAAAGGCUAUCUCGGCCCCCAGUGUGAGCAAGUCGAUAGAAGCAUCCGAAGAGUGACAAGGGCAGGUAUUCUUGAUCAGAUCCUAGACAUGACAUCCUAUUUGCUGGAUCUAACCAGCUAUAUUGUAUAGUUCCUGGGACUGUUUAGAAACUACACUUUCAACGGGCAUUUGUUUUGAAUUCUGUCAUUUUCAAAAGACUCUUAUCCUGAAACAAAUACCGGUGAUUUGAGUUACUUUAUUAAUUUAAGUAUAAUAUCCACAACUCUGCAGAAAAAAAUUCUUUGUAUGUGUGUAAAUAUUCCCCAUACGUCUCCACAGACGUCCCGAUAUCCAAUAUGUGCACACAUACACUUGCACACACGCUGCCACAAACAAGCACGGUUCUACAGAGAGUGGAAUUUUUUUUUUAAUAUUUAUUUCUUCAUGAGAAAUAGUUUACAAAGCUAAUUCCACCGCCAUAAAACACAUUCUUGUCACGGGACUUUUCAUGAUGUCUUAAUGGAUUCUUUGAUAUCCCAGCAAUCUCGUGUCUGUACCUACCUGAUCAUAGCAGUGAGGAAGCAGUCUUCCAGCAUCACUGUAUAAACUGCUGGACUUAAUAAAAUCCAGUUGUAACAGUUUCUAAGGUGAACUGAACUACAUCAUGAGACAGUAUUUCAGAACUACUUAAUGCAUUCCUAUCUAGGCAAUUUAUUGUAAGACUGUAACCUUCACUUUCAUCAAUGUAACUCUAUUACAGAAUGUUACGCAUUUCUUUAUCUAGCAUAGGUGCAAAAAUCUGGUUAUCGCAGCAUAAUAUCAAGAUUGUUUCAAGUGUUUAAUAAUUAAAUUAUAUUUGCAUAUUUCAAAACCAGUCAUCCUAGAAGAUCUGCUUUUAUCAUAUAUUUUAUUUAACGGUGGGCACGGGGUUCAUAUUACAUAUUUAUAUUAUUUUUUUUUAUUUUUAUAAUAUCACCUACAUGAGACAGCUUUACCAUGUCCUGUAAAAUACUAAAGUUACGUUUUUCACCAACUUAAUUGGAAAGACGGGGAAAGAGAGAGCAAAACACACACACUUUAAGGUGUUGUGGAUCUAACCUAGAAAUGUAUCCUUGUGUCAACUUGUGUUUAUUUACAACGGAUGAGGAAAAAAAAAAACAACCACCAACCAAUCAUAAUAAAAUUUCAGCAUGUGUUAAAAGUGUCCAUAAAGUGGUUUUCACUGUAACAGGACAGUGUAAGAGGUUAUACAGGCAAGCUGCUGCCAGUGUCACACUGAACGGAACAUGCCUGGACUGGAGUUCCCACUUGCAUGUGUUGCCUGUGCACAGUGUCACUUGUACAAAUCGUAUAGUGAUUCUUGCCAAACGUAGUUCUAAAUGUAAAUGUUCCUUCAAGAGCUAACACAAAACUGAGUCUUUGUAAAUGUAUGAAGAGGUAUGGUGUACAUGCUAUAGUCAGGUUUCCUAAGAUAUUAAUAGUCUAAUUACAUGUAUAUGCGGAACUGGUGCCCUCUUAUCUCCAGCUCUAGGGCAUUAUUGGUGGUUUCUUCACUCACUGCUUACCAACUAUCAUGUUUCCUUUGCACUAUCUGGCUUUUAUAAAAUCCUGCUUAAGAAAAGAAAGCGAAAUAGCCACAGUGUGCACAUCCUAUGGUCCUUAUAAGCAGCUGCUCAUGCAUCAACAAUUGACAACACUUUAGUCAAUGAGAUCUAAAAGAUUUUAGCCAUAUUACUCUCCAGUAGCAACAUUACCUCUCCAGGGCAGCAGCAUGCAACAAAUUCUCCUUUAUAGAAAUUUGUCAGUCUUCAUUUAAUAGGUAUUAAAUCUGAAAUUACAGAGUGACUGAUACUUGCAUUUCUGUGUCUUACACAUUCCAGCUCAGAGGAACAGAAAAUUACAUUUGCCCUCCAUAUAUGUUUGCCUGGGUUCUGAGUGACCUCAUGCCCAAGGAAAAUUGGUUGAGAAAUCUUGGUUAAGUGCUCAGAGAACAACAGUCUGCAUUAAAAAGUGCAUGCAUAAUUUUGCACAAUGUAGAUUCAACUGAUAGUCCAUUGAAGACAUCUUGGGAUUAAAUGAGCAUGAAGACCAAAUUGCCCUCUCACCUCAGAAAAGGGUGGUCCCUUAUAGUCACACGAACACUUCAUUGGCUAAGCAGUGUGACCAAUCUCAAAAUGAACCCUGUGGUAGCAUCUGUAGGUUAAUAGCUGCUCUUUGUCUCCUCUGCUUUCUGCCUUUAGUCUUUUCCCUGAAUUCCACCACAAAAAGUUUUACAAUUAAAAAAUGUCCUGACAACCAUUUUUGUAAAUUGACCUUAGCAUCUAAUCUUUCCUUAUUCAACGUGGGUGACAAAAAUGUGAACUUCUCCUGAAUGAGCCAGCUGUCUAAAUCUGUCACAUAGCACGGUUUUAUUACACUCCUCAUAAUCAGCAAAGCAAGAAAGUUGCUGAAGUAUUUUAGCAACGUUUAAAUAUCUGACAGAGAUAACAUCUUUAACACUUUCUUCAAUGAAAUAUAUUUAAAAAUAAACCCGACUUUAAUUCCACUGUGACACAUUAUUUUCAACAACCAGCUGGAGAGAUGUGAUAGUUCUUUUCUCCCUGCUUAGUUCCUUAAAAUAUACCACAGAUGGCACCUAAAUUGAAGACUCACAAUAAUAUAUAUGCCAUAGACAUGCAGAGAAGUGAUAACAAUGAUCUUAGAGUUUUGAUCUUAAUAAUAAGACAAUUUAGUUAACUAGUGAAAUCAGAAAAUAAAGCUCCAGUAAGAGCUAAGAAUUAAAUCCAGGCCUUAUUCAAAUCAAUAGCAAAAACUUAUAUCAGCUGUGGUGCACCCAGAAAUCACUUUCAAAAUUUAAGCAAAAUACUUCAGUUUAUUUUAUUGAAACAAACUUUUUCUGUUUGAGUCAUUCCACCAAAACUUCAAAAGUAAGAUGUAAUCUAAAUGGAGAUUAGAGGGAAAGGGGAGAUAGUUUGUGAAAGUGUUUUGAUUCAUUUUUAAAAUCAUCUUUUAUAUCAUGGGAAAGCAAACAUCUGCAUUAAGCCCACAUGUACAUAGGAAGUCCCACAACAAAAGAAGUAUUCUCACAAAAAAAAAAUAAAAAAAAAAUUCCUAGCUGCUUAUUUAUCAAAAGAAAUUAUACUAUUAAAAAGAGUGAGCAAACCCCAGGCCUAGCCACCCAAGAUGCUGAUAUAAAAAGGGCAACUGCAGUAAUUGCCCUGAGAAUUGGCAUACAAAAAAAAAAAAAAAAAAAAAAGGGGUCUGUAGAAAGCCUGUUGCCA